AUCCUCCCAAUCUGUCAUCAUCUAUCUCUCAUCUCCUGUCAUGAUUGUCACAAUCUCCUAGCACUCUCUAUAGUUCAAACACCAGGGAGCUGAGCGGGGACCCGAGAAGACGAUGAGGCCGUUCAUGCGCCAAGCGGGCAACGCCGCUCGUUUGUCCCGGAGCAUCGCGCGACCAACUUCGGCGCACCGAAUUCUGUGCCAUCCGCAACGAAGCGCAGCAUUCCCACGUCCAUUGUUCGCCAAGCAAUCAUCGCGAGGAUACUCUACCCAGCAGAAACCGGAGGAAAAUAAUAAGAAAGAGCGAAAAGAUGAGGGCGUUUCCAAGGAAGCUGAAGAGCUUAAAAAGAAACCAGACGGUGAAGAAGCAAAGGAUGAUGGCCAGAUCAAUGCCACGGGGCAACCAGAAGGACAGAAGGAGUCAAAGUCACCGCUCGAAGGAUACCAAAGACUCACGGCCCAGGAGCAGAAGGCGCUGGAUGAGCUCUUGUCCACUCUCAAGAGAAGUCUACCGGAGGGCCAGGCUAAGGAUAUUGAACGCGCAUUUGCAAUGAUUAAACGGGACGGUAUUCCCAAUGAACUGCGUGAGAUAUUGAAUGGUCUGAAGAGUGGAAAAUCUCUCGAUUUGGCCAGCGCCGCUAAGCUCGUGAGGAUGACCACAAAGCUUGCCCGGAAAGCCGCCGACGAGGUCGUCUAUAGUGAGACCAAGUCUCAGACACCACGCCAAAAGUCAGGGGCUCACGAUCCGGGUCCACAAGCUCAGCGCCCUGGAAAGAAGGAGGGCAAAAAGGAUGGCCAAGACCAAGACGACUGGUCCAAAUACGAGAUCAAAUUUGACAUGAACACCUUUUUGCUCUCAACCUUCCUUGCUUACCUUACUUACCGGCUCAUCAUUCCCUCGGAGAAUUCCCGCGAAAUAACGUGGCAGGAGUUCCGUACCACAUUUCUUGACAAAGGUCUUGUUGAGAAAGUGGUUGUUCUGAAUAGCAAUCGGGCAAAGGUAUUUUUGCACCGUGAAGCAGUUGCGUCGAUGUACCCUGAGUCUCCUGCCGUUCACGCCAAUUUCUUCUACUAUUUCACCAUUGGAUCAGUGGAGGCAUUUGAGCGAAAGAUGGAGGAGGCACAACGAGAAUUGGGCAUUCCGUCAUCGGAGAGGAUACCAGUCGCUUACCAGGACGAUGUUCCUUGGCUUGCAACAAUUUUGUCAUUCGGACCAACGUUGCUCUUCAUUGGUGCUAUCUUCUGGCUCUCUCGACGGGCUGCAUCGGGCGCGGGUGGACAAUCGGGUAUUUUUGGUAUGGGACGAAGCAGGGCUAAACGGUUUAACCAUGAAACAGAUGUCAAGGUCAAAUUCAGUGAUGUAGCGGGCAUGGACGAGGCCAAGCAGGAAAUUAUGGAAUUUGUUUCCUUCCUUAAGGAGCCAGGAGUGUAUCAGAAGCUUGGAGCAAAGAUUCCCCGCGGUGCCAUCUUGUCUGGACCUCCAGGAACGGGUAAAACACUUCUGGCAAAAGCUACUGCGGGAGAAUCAGGUGUGCCAUUCUUCUCCGUGUCUGGUUCUGAAUUUGUUGAAAUGUUCGUCGGAGUUGGUCCAUCGCGUGUUCGAGAUUUGUUCGCGACAGCUCGGAAAAACACACCUUGCAUCAUAUUCAUUGAUGAAAUCGAUGCCAUCGGUCGAUCGCGAGGAAAACAGAAUUUCGGGGGUGGGAACGACGAGCGAGAGUCGACGUUGAAUCAAAUUUUGACGGAGAUGGACGGCUUCAAUACUUCAGAACAGGUCGUCGUCAUAGCCGGUACCAACAGGCCCGAUGUACUGGAUAGCGCACUCAUGAGACCUGGACGAUUCGAUAGGCACAUCGUUAUUGACAAGCCAACAACGGAAGGGCGACAGCAGAUCUUUGCGGUGCAUCUCAAGAAAAUUGUAACUAAGGAGGAUAUUGAAUAUCUUAAAGGCCGUUUGGCAGCACUGACACCUGGCUUCUCUGGCGCAGACAUUGCCAAUUGCGUGAAUGAGGCUGCUCUCAUAGCCGCUCGCAAUAAAGCUGAAUCCGUUGAGAUGAAGCACUUUGAGCAAGCAAUUGAGCGUGUCAUUGGCGGCCUCGAGAAGAAGUCUUUGGUCCUUUCGCCGGAAGAGAAGAGAACUGUCGCGUAUCACGAAGCAGGCCAUGCUAUAUGUGGGUGGUAUUUCAAGUACGCCGAUCCUCUUCUUAAGGUGUCGAUCAUUCCACGUGGUCAAGGUGCACUUGGUUAUGCUCAGUACCUGCCGUCUGGAGACACGUAUUUGAUGAACGUACACCAACUUAUGGACCGGAUGGCGAUGACUUUAGGCGGUCGCGUUAGUGAAGAGUUGCAUUUUGACACCGUGACUUCAGGUGCGUCUGAUGAUUUUAAGAAGGUAACACAGCUUGCCAGCGCGAUGGUGACGCGCUUUGGUAUGUCCAAAAAAAUCGGUUACCUCUCCUUUGAAGACGAUACGCAGCAGCAAUUGCACAAACCAUUUUCAGAGGAAACCGCAAAAAACAUCGACGCGGAGGUUCGACGAAUCGUUGAUGAGGCCUACAAGCAAUGCAAGGACUUGUUGACGGAGAAGAAGAAGGAGGUAGGACUUGUAGCGGAGGAACUGCUUGCCAAGGAAGUCCUCUCUAGGGAUGACAUGGUGCGCCUGCUUGGUCCAAGACCAUUCGCUGACAGAGACGAAUUCUUGAAAUACUUUGAUGGACCGAAGCGUGGUGAUGCGCCACCAAACGAGAGCAUGCCAUCCCCACCAGGUCUACCAGAUAAUCUUCAAAAUCCCUCUGGCUCACCGCCUGAGGCACCGAGCCCCAAUCCAGCGCCGACAGUGAUGAAGCGGUUGGAGGCGCAAUAUGCUGAGAGGAGGCACUGGGUAUAAUCGAGGCGUCUGGUUUACCAAACAAGCAUCACUACAAAAAUAUGUUAAAGAAACUCUACUCUGCCCGGAGUGCAAGGCAUAUCCCUUUGUAUAUAAAUGUUAGCAUGGAAUGGAGAAUGUAAAUAGAUAUCAUUUUAUGCUAGAGCAAAUCAUGUAUUAUCUACAUAAGAUGCCACGGCUCACGA